AUGAAGUUCCUCACAUUCGGCCUCCUAUUGGCCUCGACGAUCGUUAGCGUCAGCAGUGCUCCCACCGAUGUUGAUAGCAGGGCUGUCAGCUUCGAAAACCACUAUGACCAACAUUUGGAGAACCGCGAAGAGCGCAAGGAGGCUCGCGACAUCUCCGUUCCUUCAUUCGUCGGCGUCGAGACCACCAGCAGCGUGAUCGCCGACGUCGAGGAAGACGAGGCUGCAAAGCCCGUACGCGCCCGUCAGAUCCUAAAGUUGUUGUUGAAGAAGAAGGGCAAGAAGGCCAAGAAGGCGAAGAAGGCCAAGAAGGCAAAGGCUGCCAAGGGCAAGGCCGCCAAGGGCAAGGCCGCCAAAGGCAAGGCUGCCGCCCCCGCAAAGGGCAAGGCCGCUCCCGCCAACGGCGCUGCUAAGAAGAAGGCUGCUACGCCGGCCGCCCCCGCCGCUGGCAAGGGCAAGGGUGCCGCUGGUGCUGCUCCCCCGGCUGCCGCUCCUCCAGCUGCUGCUCCUCCCCCUGCCGCUGGUAAGGGCAAGGGAGCCGCUGGCGCUGCUCCCCCGGCUGCCGCUCCCCCGGCUGCUGCUCCUCCAGCUGCUGCUCCUCCAGCUGCUGCUCCUCCGGCUGCCGCGCCUCCCGCCGCCGCUCCUCCGGCUGCUGGUGGCGCUGCUAAGGGCAAGGGAAACAACCCGCCUGCUGUCGCAACUCCAGCCACCCCUCCUCCGGCUGCUAAGCCAAUCUCUCCUGCUCAACCGGCCGCAGUCGCACCCGCUCCCGUUGCUCCGGUGCUCCCUGCGGGCAAGGGCAACGCCAACUAA